AUGUCAACUCGGCAGAUCCGGCGGUUGCAGAAUAUUGUGAAGGCCUCAACAGGCGCUGACGCCGAUGAUGAGGACUACCAUCCGCCAACUAUGAAGCUGCCAAAGAGUGUCGGUAAAUCAAAGGCUCAACGGAAGGCGCCAGCGGGAGCGGCAGGCGAUAAUCAACCUCAGGAGCAGCAGCCAAAGAAAGCAGCUGAAACCAGCACCACUGGUGCAUCUCCGCGGUCUCUGGAAUGCGAUGGAACGAACGACGAGGACCGACAGGGGUUGGUGAAACAGAAACCAACGAGGAAGACCACGGUUAGGCCUAAGAGUGAGUAUGAUAACGCGAUGGAGGUUGAGGGAAAGGACCUGUCAUUUAAUGCGACGAGUCAACAGCAACAAAUUGUGCAAAGGGAGCAAUGCAAAAAGAAGCGGCAAAACAAAAGGAAGAAGGCCAGGCGGCGCGAGGAAGAACUUGAGGAAGAACUUCUGCUGGAGGCAGCCUUGCGAGAGCGGGAGAAAGAUACGGCGAAUAAUGCAUUCCGUCGAAAUGGAGCUGGUGACGCAGAAGGAUCCGAAGAUCUCCUUGGACUUCUUUCAUUGUGUAACCCCCAAAUGCUCAACAGCCGCUCGGAACGUAUCCGGCGCUUUGGGGCAGCAGCGGUAGAAGACCUUGGGGAUGGUCGAACUCCAACUCGUCGUCCUGAAAGUAGACCCACAUCCCAACUUUUUGAGGAGCAUAUGCAUAAUCUGCCGCGCUUCCGCUCCAGUGUUCUGUCGACGCCAAACCGCUACUGCUGGCCCCGAUACGACGGACUUGGCACAAAGUUAGUGCUGAGGAAACCGGGGAUGGAUGACCAUGACGAUAUCGCUGGAAACGGUAGUAAUAGAACAAAAGUGUACUAUCUUGAUGUGUCUGCCCCAGAGUCACAACGUGCGGAUGCAGACCUCGCAGAGUGCGAGAAGCUGGUGGAUGCAGUGGAUGGUCUUAUGGGGUGCCUGGGCAAAACGCCAUACCACAUCCCGACAUUAAUCGUCGUAAGUAACGUGUUUGAAACGAUGGGAAACGUGCCGCGCGCGUUGGAGGUUAUUGAUCUUGCCCUUUAUCACCUGGGUGUGUUGCUUCAAUCUUUUCCACUCCGUCAAACGGCGCGGCAGCGUUGCGUACCUUUCAGCAUACCUUCGAAUAAACAAUUGUUUCAAGUUCUGCGUUGUGGUAUACACCACGCCCUCAGAAAAGCGGCAGUGAGGACAGCAUGGGAGACAUGCAAAUUACUGUACUCCCUUGACCCAAAGGAUCCAUUUGGGUCACUGUUUCUACUCGACUACUUGGCACUGCGAUCGAAAGGAUGGGCAUGGCUCGUUCAUGUGUACUACCUUUUGAUACGAGAGUCCUGCCGCAUCCCUAAUUCGAGGACCCUUCCCCCAACCGCAGAGUGCGUGAACAGUGGGUGUAGUAACUUGUCUAACCACGAGUUGGCCUUGUCCUUGUCAACGCUUCCAGGAUUCUUCUUUAGCGCUGCUCUUGCAAAACUCUUUCUGGAGCGUGAGGAGGCAACUCACACACAAAAAGGUGGGAAACUGUCAAGAGUGAUACGGGAUAUUUCUCCAGCGGAGCUUCAUGCAUUCCACGACACCCCACCUUCUGGUGUGAUGCUGGCUGAUGCCAUCGGGCGGUUCCCCUCCGCCGCUGUUUUGCUUGUUGAAAAAGUAGGAAGCCAGGCUCAGCCUAGUGUAGCCCCUGCGGCAUGGAAAGAGGUAGUAAAGGGGCACAUGAAUAAUAACGGUGGGCAAAGACUCCGUGUGGCAACCCUGUGGGUUGCGAGGAAUGCAGAGAUGUGGAACGCCGCGGAGCCGAGCGGCUUUCUGCGGCGCGUUAUUACCGAGGAAAGUGGUGUUUACCUAAAGUCCCUCAGCGUCAGCGCUGCAAAUCCCUGCGCUGAUGUGCCAACACCAUGGGAACACGAAAUGUUGAGGGAGGAAGACCUGAUGGGCACAGUAAUGGCGGCGAUUCCUGCACAUCUGCUCGAUCCUAAUGAGGUGACGGCGGAAGACGCACGGGAGGAGGCUUGGCGGGUCGGCCAACGCGCGUUGACUCCAUCUGAACAGGACAUGCUUCUUCGCUUCAGAGCACUUUAUGGUGAACUUCCCCCGACGGUAGGGACUCCUGUGGAGCAGCUUGCUCUAUACGAAAUGAUGUUUGAGACGGAUGGUCGUGAAUUGCAAAUGGUGCAACAACAGAAUCAUAUCGCCCUUUUUCUACGGACUUUUUUACCGUGGAAUAACACACGAGACAUGGCUCUACGUGAAGCUUUGCGUGCUGCUGGAAUCGAUGACCCCGUAGCGGGGCGAAACAGACAAAGGCGACUAGAGGAGAUCGAGUCUGAUGAGCCUUCUGAUACCUCCGAGUGGGUGACUGAUAGUAGCUGGAACACAGAGGAAUCUAGUUUCUCACUCGAAGAUGCCAUUGACGGUGACGAUGAAUGGUUUUGGCGUACGCGCGGUUCGCAGUGA